GAGAAAAUAAAACUACUAGCGCUCGAACAUGGAUCUCUCUCAAAUCCUUCUCGCCGAUAGCCUCGCUCGAUAAACCCUCCCUAACAGGUGAGAGGCAGAUCGAUAGAAGAUUUGCAGUUUUCUCUGAACCCGGCACUCUCUUCUGCUCUCUUCACAGCACCAGCAGUUCGCAGCACAAGAUCUGCGGUUUGCUCGCCCCCUUCUCUUUCGGUAUUUUGAUAUGGACAGCUUAGUGGACUCUUUAAAUAACGCGUACCAGGAGUUUGUUGCUGGGGCAGCCAAUGUUCUUGAAGCCAACGAAAGCUCUGGGGCUCAGAAGACAGCAGCAACAGAUGCCGCUCUUGAGAAUUUUAAACAGAAAUGGGAGCUAUUCAGGGUUGCCUGUGACCAAGCAGAGGAGUUUGUGGAGUCYGUGAAGCAGAGGAUAGGAUCAGAGUGCCUGGUGGAUGAGGCCACUGGUUCACUGACUGGCAAGUCUGGGCAGCCUGCCGCUGCCACCGGUCUUCCACCGAUCAGUGCCGUUCGGCUGGAACAGAUGAGCAAAGCUGUGAGAUGGCUUGUGAUUGAACUGCAGCAGGGCUCAGGAGCUGCUGCUUCUGCUUCAGCACAUUCUCACCCUUCUGCCCCUUUUGAUGCUAGAUUUACCGAGGAUGCAGCCCAAUAGGUACCUAUCUUAUAAGGCAAAUGGAACAAGUAUUCUGUUUUGCAUGAAAAAUGACUCACGGGGUGGGGCAUUUGCUGUGCAAAAUAAUUGUCUUCAAACCUUGAUUGAAUGGAAGAAAUGGAAACCAUUUCUCCUGUAUCUAUAGUUAACUAAUAUACUUUCACGUUCUUGUACUUGUUUGAGUUGUUUUUGUUAAGGGUUGGGUGCAAGUGAAAUAGUCUCUAAUAUAUAUAUUUCUUCUCUUCUCCCACAAUAUAUUAUAGGACUAGCUGAAAUUUCAUUGAUCGUCGUUGCUCGAAACAUUGAGAAUAUGUUAAACGAUGAAAGUUAUCAUAAGUUUGUGGAUUCAUUAGU